GAGGAGUGAUCUCUCCACGACGUUGCGCCGGUGCACCACGGGGUGCGCAUUCAAACUGACCAGCGCGUCUCUGUGGCAGCACAGGCAUCUUCCUCUCUCCUCUCGCAAUCAUCACUUGAAGAUCCUCACAGCAGCUCACCACCAGAGCCGGUGCAGAGGAGCUUCAGAGAAGAAGAAAGAGAAGAAGAAGUGGAGGGAGGUGAUGUCCUCUCCUCAGGUCACUGUGAGCUCAGCAAGUGUUUGAGAGACGCGUUCCAGCAGCCUCUUCUUAGGCCAGGACAGUUCACCAGUUGCUCCAAAACGAAAUCAACAAGCAACUUAACUCCGGUCCCCAGUGCCAUGGCCUUCACUCUGUCAGAGAUCAUGGCUGCGAGGCGGCAGCAGUCACAGGCUCAGUCACACGGCCAGCGAGGGAGCAGGGCGGCGGUGGAGGUGGACGAGUACAGCACCAACCCCACUCAGGCCUUCACCUUCUACAAUAUCAACCAGGGACGCUUUCAGCCGCCUCACGUCCACAUGGUGGACCCGAUGCCUCACGACACUCCCAAGCCACCAGGCUACACGCGCUUCGUGUGCAUCUCCGACACUCACUCCCGCACGGAUGCCAUCCAGAUGCCGUACGGGGACGUGUUCAUACACGCCGGAGACUUCACCGAGCUGGGACUGCCCUCCGAGGUCAAGAAGUUCAACGACUGGCUAGGUACCCUGCCCUAUGACAUCAAGAUAGUAAUCGCCGGAAACCACGAGCUGACCUUCGACCAGGAGUUUAUGGCGGACCUCAUCAAACAGGACUUCUACUACUUCCCGUCGGCUUCCAAACUGAAGCCGGAGAAUUACGAGAAUGUCCAGUCGCUGCUCACCAACUGCAUCUACCUGCAGGACUCCGAGGUCACUGUGAGGGGCUUCAGAAUCUACGGCUCUCCCUGGCAGCCCUGGUACUACGGCUGGGGUUUUAACCUUCCGAGGGGUCAGGCCCUGCUGGACAAGUGGAACCAGAUCCCAGACAGCACAGACAUCCUGGUCACACACUGCCCCCCACUGGGUUUUCUGGACUGGGUGCCCAAGAAGAUGCAGCGUGUCGGGUGCAUGGAGCUGCUCAACACGGUCCAGAGGAGAGUCCAGCCCAAAUUCCAUGUGUUUGGACACAUUCAUGAAGGUUACGGGAUGAUGACAGACGGCACCACGACGUUCGUCAACGCCUCGGCCUGCACUGUCAACUUCCUUCCCAUGAACCCGCCCAUCGUCUUCGACCUCCCAAACCCUAACCCCCGGACCACAUGACUAGAGGAAGCUCGCCCCCAAACCCCUACCGUCAGCAAGGAGAAAGGAGCCAGACGAGGUAGGUGAGGUCGGCGGGCAGGACUGAUCGAACUCUGUAAAUAUUAUGCGGGCGUGUGUUUGACGCAGCACCAGGCGGCACAUGCUCGGACAGCCCGACUGCGGCCCCCGCUGAGCAAGGGACGGACGCCCCCUCGCGCUGUUAAUGUUACUUCAUGUGCCAUCAUUUCUUUGCCUCAACGCUGGACUUUUAAAGUAGAUGUGGAGCCGAGAGAUGGUUUUAUAUGCAGACGAACGAACAUCUCUCCGUGUUCUGUGUUACUGCACUGACAAUCUGACAUGGCUCUCAGAGUCUGUAAGGAGCCCUUUCACUUCGUGGACAGUAAUAGCGAAUCAACGGAACGCCUCGUCUAAAGAGGAGAAGUUUUGUCGAAGCAGCGACUCCGCAGCCGCAACGGAACAUUUGCCAGAGGGAUGUUCACGUAACUCCUCUCGCUUCCUACUUUCCUACAGGAUUCGUUUCCCAUCCUUUCCCCAGUCCCCCUCCCUACACACACACACACACACACACACACACUUUCUACCACUUAUGGUUCUCCUCUUCCUCUCCGCUCCUCAGGCAUGCUGGAGUGUCUUUUCUUUCCUUUUUUUUUUUCUCCAGCAUGUGUGUGUGAGAGGGAUCAAAGGCAGUGUGUGAGGGCAGCGAGGGGUCUGUGCCACGGGCUGUGUGAACAUCGGGGUGUCAAACAUGUUGACACCACUCCCCAGGGCCUCAUUACAGCCCUCCCCGAGCCUCCUAAGCGGAUGAUGCUGAGGACACAGAGGAGCGUGUCUCCACCACCCCAGCCCCAGCCCCUCCGCUCCUCCUUCCAUGUAGCUCCCCCUUCUUCAGUUUCUUCUCCCCUCCUUCACACUGAGAGCGUCUAGCUCGGCUUUGAAGCUGGGAGGCUCUGGACGUGCAGGUGCUGCGUGCCCAUGCUCCUUCUCAACGGUCAUUCUAAUGAACCUUGGCAGCAGUGUGUGGCUCCUUGAGGGAUGCUCGCUCGUGGUACUCACAGGAGAGAUGGAUCCUUUUGUUGUUUUUAAGAGCUGCAAAGCUGUAACUACAUGUACUGUAACUGGUCUAUAUAAAUGUUCUCUGUCUAUAUAAAGAAAAAAAAAAAGAAACUUGGAAGUUUUUCCACCAAGAUUUCCCAGUCGUUGCUAUGCUUUAAAAGGAGACUUGUUAAAUAUUUGUGUCCAGAAAAUCGUGGUUGUUAUUUUUAUUUGGUCUAUUUCUUAGUAAUGUAAAUGCUUAUUAUGGUAUUUUCUUCUCUGUGCAGCUGCUCGGCCCCAUUUGGUGAUUAUUAACUCUUUCAUGUCCCUAAGCAGUUAUGUCUGUAUUUUUGAAAAAAGAAAACAAAGAAAGGGAGUUUUUUUUUCAUGUGCUUUAUUUUCUGAAUAUGGCUGUUCCCGGUUAAGAGUCUGAAUGUGCUUAGCAUAACAGGAUCACGUAACACUUUGAUCUCCCUGCUCCCCGACAUUAUGUACAAAUGUUCCCUGGGGCUGCAGUUUACUCCUGCUGCAGCAUUCACUGCGUGGGGUUGAAGGCACGCAUUGAUGUCCGUUGGUGUUACGGUAUUCCAGCUUGACUUUUUGGCACUGAAAGUAGGGACACUCUAGAGUUAAGGUUAGAAUAACGCUCACAUUUAAGGUAGGCCGUUUGACAACAAGCAUAUCUUGUGCUUCAGUUGCAUCUGAUGAUGUGUCAGCAAUUUCCCAUCUUUAUUUGCAGGUGUUUCUUCAAUAUCCAGCACCUAAAUGCAGUUGCCACAUCCUUUAUGACAUAGACAGACAUUUCCCAACUUCUUAUGUAUGUGCAUCCUGCCAGUUGUCAAUUUGGUGAAUAUUUAAACUAUUUAAAUGUGAUCAUUUUACAAAAUUUGUAAACCCAGUGACUCAGUGUUGUGAUCACCAGAAAGCUGACACGUGUCUGAUUGUAGCAAUACAAACUACAUCUCGGUCAGAACUGGCAACGGUAUCGCUGGGUCUCUGGUGAAGGGUCAGUCAAACGCUAGGUGAUGUCAUUGACAGGGUCAUUUGAUACGGACAUUGACAGAAUACAUAACAUGGCAAUGGGUGAAGCUAAGGCAUAUGAUUGCACCACAACAACAAAAAAAAAUGUUCAAGCCUGCUCAACAUUUGUGUCAGACAUCAGCUUGUCCUACAUGUUAAUGGCUUCCAUUAAGCAGCUCUCACUGCUAGUGUGAACGCACCGUGACAUUUAAAAGGUGCAGGAGCAAGGAGACAUCCAAUCACACAACAAGCAGUAAUGACAGACUAGGAAUCCUGCUUCAAAUACAUGUGUCAUUUAACGCAGUGGUUCUCAAUCUUGGGUCCAGAUUACAGGGGGUGCGCCAAUACUUGUCUGAUCUGAGCAUCGUCAGACUAAAAAAACAUUUAGAAAAAAAAAAUGUUGAUGCGGAAUAUAGUCAGGUUCGAGUAUUCAAUUGAGUUCGUCUACCAAUGUUAUGAGUGCAACGCAGCUUUCCCCCUCCAAACUAACAUCACUAGCAAAUCAGGGUGGGGGUAGGUCUUGGAAAGCUUGGUUCAGAUCCAGCUGCAGCUGAUGCUGCAUUCAGGACAACUUGGGGAAAAAAGUUCUGUUGUCAAACUCAGAGAUCACUGCUGAACAUAUUUUAAUGUUCAGCAAAUGGUGAAAAUAUAACAAACUUAUUUUCCUCCUCCAAGUUAACCUGUAACAUGAAUGCUAUGAUAUGGGCAGUCUGAAAUUUCUGUGCUGGAAUACAGAAUUUCCAAAUUUUCAUGAAGGCAAUGUCUAAGCAACGUCAAUGUUGUCUGAAAGAUGGACAUUAAAUUUAUGAAGCUAGAAGAAUGUGUCGUAACUGCAAACGAAGAUAAAAAUAAGGAUAAUGACUAAUAUUAAAUAUUUGGCAAUUUAGGGUUGGAAUAUGAUCUACACUUUUUUUGUAUAAACUGAAUUAAAUGGUUAAAUUGCCAAUGGAAUUGGAAAUAAGUUCAGGUUGUUUGGGGUGGGGAGCCCUGCUUUUCUUAGAUACAAGUGGGGGGGGCUCCAAGGAAAAAAGGUUGGGAACCACUGAUUUAAUACGAUAUUAUUGGUGCAGAUGCCAACAAUGAUUCGAAUACUGGAGGAACCUGCCUUUGAAAAAGUAUUUGAGUACUCUAGUAGCCACAUGUACCCAGCAUAAACAUAUUAAGGCUAUUUGCUAGAGAAGACUAAUAAUGUUAUGAAAAGAGCCCUCCACUCCGCUUCUUAGGGUUUGCUGUAAAGAUGCUGUUAAUGAAACUCACCACUACCAGCUGAUGUUUUACAUUAAGAGUACUCGAACAGGGUGGUUUUGUGUCCUUGGAUAAGUUAAGCUUGGAACAUCUCCGAGAGGAAUACCAUUUCACUAAUUGGCUGUGGUGGAUGAGAAGAAGAGCAACGGCUGUCAAAUGACUACACAGCACAUCAUCUUCAAAGAACAUUUCUCAGAGGAAGGUUUUAGGCGUGAAGUCGACACCCAGUUGAUCAGGGCUAGCAGUUAUAGUUUGAAUGUACACGGUGGAAGGGUCCUACAACCACAGUAUAGUGUAUGUCUGGCAUGUUUCAGACCAUAUAAGAAGAGGGAGUCCUCAGCCUCAUCAUUUAAAACACAAACUUAAUUAGCAUCUAUGUUCCAAGGAAAAUCUUCUAAGAAAGGAAUUAAAGGGAACAAUUAAAACCAAAAGAUGGGGGGAACUUUCAUCUCUGAGUUUCACGAGAAAGCUGUCUGUUUGGUCUGACUCUCCAGUUUCAGUCCUCAUUUAGAUGUUUCUCCCUUUGAUGCGCUUCUGCUUUAAUAGCUGUGUUAUGUGUUUCCUGUUUUAUCCGAGGAGGGGGAAAAAAAUGCGCAGUGCUCUUUCUUGAUUCAUUUUUGAGGCAUGCUUAAAGGAGUUAAUGACUAAUGCUACUCAGACAAUCUGCAUAUGAAGAGUUUUGUUCCAAAAUGAGAUAUUUACUGUUUGAAAAACUUAAAAAAAAGAGAAAAAAAGCUAAAUGAAUGACAGCUAAGACUUGAAAACAGACUGCAGAGGUAGAGACAGUAACUUGUGUCCUUGGUGACAUUUUUAAUUGCUACGUCUUUUAUAUUUCAACAACACUGGAUGCUUAGGGACUUUUUUAAUGGAUGUAUAGCAUUUUGGAAUGAAAGUGUUCAUAUGGUGUUGUAUUUUUUAACUGAACAAUAAGAAAAUGAAAACUGAACAGCUCCUGGAGACUCCUGGAGAAAAUGUAAAGUACCGUUCUUUCUUAAAAACCGUAAAGGUUCUGCUGGUUCUGAUAGAUUCUUCAACAAAUGAAUAAAACCUUAUCUGUGA